CAACAGGAGCGACAUGUGUGCUCCAGAGCCAGAGGCUGCCGCGCAGAAGAAGGUCGCAAAGAAGCGCGAUGCGCCAGCUGAGGAAGAAGAUAACGAAGAUGACGAGGGAGAUGAAGAACUCGAGGACCUCGAGGAGAAGGCGCCAGCGCCUAUCGCUAAAAAGGCAAAGAAGUCGACCACUGAGGCGACUACCACGAAGAAAGCCGCGCCCAAGACUUCUAAGUCUAAUGACGAGGCGUUUCCAAAGGGAGUUCCCGGUGCAUUGAAGGGAGCAGUCAUUGGCCUGACUGGUACAGCCUGCCUCACUCGCAACACCCUCAAGAGUGCCAUCGAGAAAUAUGGCGGCUCGUACACCGAGAAGUGCGAGGUAGCGGACUACGUCGUCGUUGGAAAGAGAGCUGGCGCGAUCAAGUUGGAGGCACUCACCAAGGCUGGCGUCGCCCAGAUCUCGGACUCGCAGCUCCUCGAGUUCUUCCUAGGCGAGGAGCCUGACGUUUGAAGAGCUCUUGCUUCCUCUCCCAAUUUUACGAAUGACGACCUGGAUAAGGAUGCUGUGAAAGCGAGUCAGCAUAUCCUUCAUGAUAGCACAUAACUGAUGGGGAAGGUGGCGUUCAUACCACGCGACGCCAAUGCUCAGCGAUAUCUUUUCGGCGCGUCACCCAGACGCCGGGCUUUGCGGCAAUGUACUCUACAAAUCGCUUGAGGGCCUGGAUGCAUUUAGUGUAGCACUUAAUGGCGACAAUGACACACAUACCAUG